AUGUUCCACCUGAGGCUGCCGGUGCUUCCCCUCAUGCUGCUUCUACUGCUGCACUAUGUUGCCACCUCCCCGAGCUACAGGUACUUCAGUCCAUCCUCAUCCAGUGAACAGGAACGCCUGCCCCCAGAAAGCGAGGGUUGGCUUGUGCCUGAACUUGUUUCAAAUCUCUUUCUCAGCUUGAUGCGUGUGAGGCCCCACAGAGAACUCACUGAUCAACAUAGUCACCAAAUAGAGAAGCGGAAGUGCAACACAGCCACCUGUGUGACCCAAAGACUAGCAGACUUCCUGGUUCGCUCUAGCAACACCGUUGGAACAGUCUACACCCCAACCAAUGUAGGGGCUUCUACCUAUGGCAAGAGGGACCUGCUACAACCUCCCAGCUACGUCACUCUCUAG